UCUCUCUCUCUCUAACCCACACACAUCGGCCAUAACUGCCAACCAUGCUGCAGCAAGACCCGAACGCCGAGCCUCAAAUUACUAGGCAAUGCUUCCGGCGCCGGUACCCUGAAACAGACUUUUAUGAAGAGAAAAAUAGGGAUAAAGUGCGUAACCAUACCUAUAAGAGUGCGAUCGAGUAUCAUGCUGAUAAUAUUAGGAACAAGGUUGUACUUGAUCUUGGAUGCGGCACAGGGAUUCUUUCUAUAUUAUGCGCCAAGGCGGGUGCAAGGAAGGUGUAUGCAGUUGAUGCUGGCACAGACAUUGCUAGCCAGGUGGCAAAUAUUGUUGAUGCAAAUGGUCUUUCACAUGUUAUCAUUGUGGUGAGAGGGCGAUUUGAGGAUCUUGAAAUAAAUGAGGAUGUGGAUGUUAUAGUUUCUGAGUGGAUGGGCCAGAUGCUUCUAGGCGAGGACAUGCUUUUAAGAGUUAUCACUGCCAGAGAUCGCUGGCUUAAACCUGGAGGUGUAAUUCUUCCUUCAAGCGGAACGUUGUUCAUGGCUCCUUUCACCAAUUUUGAACGAUACUGUGAAAAAGUUGAGUUUUGGCUAGAUGUUGCUGAAAUUGAUAUGUCACCAAUGAUAUCUUUCACUGAGCAAAAUGCAUUUGCUUCACCGAACGUGGAUAGAAUCAAUGAUGAAAACCUUUUGGCAGACCCUCAAGUGGUGAAACACGUCAACUGCUAUUCUAUUACCAUUCCUGAACUAAUGUCUAUAGGAGAAUCUUUUAGCAUGAAAACACUGAAGCAAGGUAGGGUAAAUGGUUUUGCAUUUUGGUUUAAUGCUGAGUUUACUGGGUUAAGACAAGAAGAAGAACAACUAUCAGCACUAGAUAGGAUGGAUUCAGCACUAGUUCUUUGCACUGGGCCUAGUGUUCCUCCAACACAUUGGGAACAGACUUUGAUUUACUUUCCUACUACAGUACAGCUGGAGAGAGGUAGACCUUUUACAGGCUCAGUGACAUUGACGCAGCCGACAAAGCAUAAAUGGCUCAUGGAGAUCAAACUAAUAUAUCGUUCAAAUAAUGGUGAUUUAGUCUGCAAGAAACAAACCGACCUUUUCUCGCCUUUCUGAAACUCAAGCUUAUGAAAGCACAACUUUUCUGACCGAUUAGUAGUAGUCAUCCUAACAGUACUAAGUUGUUGUUGCGAACCAAUUAACUCCUCUGGCUUUGUAUUCUUAUCCUUAGAAUCAACUUCAGCGUCUACUUCUGACUUAGUAGGUGGCACAAAAUAAUACAUUUGUUUCAGAAAUGUGGCCAUGGUGGCUAAGUUUCAGCAGUUAUCUCUUUAUUUUCCUUGCUUGGUGUUCCAUUGCCUUGAUCAAAUAUACGCUCAAGAAUUUGAAGCA